UAGUUGGUUUAUUGUUUUGACGUAACAGGUUCUAAAAGUGACUCGACAAAAAGAACAAGUUAAAACUAUUAUUAAUAUUGAGGAUUUACUCAAACGAGUCCAUGCGGUGGAAACAAUGAGCUUGUCGACCGGACCCCGGCGUUGCUGUUGACAAAGAUGCUUUCUACUCUACAAGCUAACGCUAGCUGUGGAAACAACAUGACGACGAUGAUGAUGAGGAGGAGGAUGAUGAUGAUGAUGAGGAGGAGGAGCGGUGUUUGAGAGCGACUGGCCAGCCAUCGGAUCGCGCCGAUUUCCUGCUUGUCUAGCACACAUUUUGAGGAUUAACCUGUCUUUGUGUCUGCGUCGCUUUCCAAACGGAACCGCUUGUGUCCAGCGUCCACCUGCACGUUGGGUUUGAAGAGGGAGCUAAGCUAGCCGUGCAUCUCUUCACACCAGUUCGCGAGCCAGAGUUGGGCUUGUGUGCGAGUGAGAAAGAGACUUUUUAACAAUAUAACUUCAUGCCAGUUCAUCAAUUCCAGUCAAACCCCCUUUGCAGUGUUGGACAUCUCUUUAUUUUCGAUGGGCGAGGAAAAGCCGGACACGCUUGACUUUGUGAAGGAUUUCCAGGAGUAUCUGAACCAGCAGACUCAGCAUGUCAACAUGAUAUCAGGCUCCGUGAGCGGCAUCAAGGAGGAGGACGAGCUGCCGCCAGACUGCAGUCACAAUGGACUGGAUCACCCCUCAGCGGACAUGUCCCUGGAGGACAGCUCGGGGAUCCUGGUGGAUGGUUUUGAGAGGACCUAUGACGGCAAGCUCAAGUGCCGCUACUGCAACUACGCGACCAGAGGCACGGCGAGGCUCGUCGAGCACAUCCGAAUUCACACGGGGGAGAAACCUCAUCGUUGCCACCUCUGCCCGUUCGCCUCGGCCUACGAGCGCCACCUCGAGGCCCACAUGCGGUCCCACACGGGCGAGAAGCCGUACAAGUGCGAGCUGUGCUCCUUCCGCUGCAGCGACCGCAGCAACUUGUCGCACCACCGCCGCCGGCGCCACAAACUCCUGCCGAUGAAAGGCGCUCGCUCGCUUUCCCACAAGAAGAUGCUGAGUGUUUUGCAGAAGAAGGCCAGCUCGCUGGGCUACGGCCGUCGGCUCCUCGUCAACUUCAGCCCCCCGUCCGUGGCGGCGCAUAAGGCUGAAAAUGUGAACGACUUCUCGCACGAGCUGCCCCACUUGCGCCAGGAGCCCUACGAUCAUCAGGGUCACGCGGUGGAGGACGGGCACGCCGCGAGUCAGAACCACCGCCACCACGAUCUGAUUAUGGACAACCCGCUGAACCAGCUGUCCACCCUGGCGGGCCAGUUGGCCAGCCUCCCUUCUGAGUCCCAGGACCAGACUCGGCCUCCGAUGUCCCCAGGAGCAGAGUCCGUCGUGGACGAGAAGCCCUUCUUCCUCCAGCAGCCCCACCCUGCCGCGGCUCCCGUGGCCGCCAGCGCAGUCCACGCCGCCGCGGUCCACGCCGCCGCCUCCUCUUCCCCGAUCGCCCCCGAGUCCCGCGCUCCUCCCCACAGCGACUGCAGCCCCGGCGGGGAACCCUGCAGCGAGCACAGCGGGCGCACCAGCACCCCAAGCAUCUUCAACAGCCAGCCCAGUACACCGGCGCCGGGCCUGCCCGUCCCGCUCCAGGACCCCCACACGCCGCACCACUGCCAGCACUGUGACAUCUACUUCCCCGACAACAUCCUCUACACCAUCCACAUGGGCUGCCACGGCUACGAGAACCCAUUCCAGUGCAACAUCUGCGGCCACAAGUGCAAGAGCAAGUACGACUUCGCCUGCCACUUUGCCCGCGGGCAGCACAAGUAAUCGACGAGUAAGCUUUAUAUAACAUGCUUUAAAAUAACUUUUUAUCGGACAGUUUUUUUUGUUGAUAAUUCCAUAGUACUUGUAUUUAUUGGUCUUUUACCUGGCCUUGAUGUAGCCUCGCCGUUGAAAGUUGUAAAACGUCAACAUUCAGAUGGUUUCAUUUCGUAUAAUUUAAAAGUGACCAUUUAAGUGUAUUGUAAAGAAAUGGUCAGUGUUUUCCACAGGUUGAGAAUGUAUUUGUCGUGUCAGAAAUCAACACUUGGCUAACUGACAAAAAUAACUUUCAUUAUAACCUUCUAGGUACAUUUGUACCUUUUUUGUUGUUGUUGUGUAAAAGCGAAUAAACUAAAUACAUUCUCAACCGCCCUAGCGCUAUAGCUAAAUAUCGCUCUGAUGAAACUGUUGCAGGAGUGGACCUGUUGGCCUCGAGGGAUCUUCCUUUUAGCCGUGAUGAAAUUACUUCAGUGCUUGGUGCAUUUACUACUAUUCUUUGCAGCGCCUGACAUCGUCACUUUCUUGUCUGUCUAACAUAGAAUGGACUGUUACUUUGAAUAUUAAUAGAUUUUAUUACAAUAACCUCUUCUUGCUGUGUUGAAUAGGCCCAGAACCUUAGAAAAAGAGUUUGGCCAUUGGAGUUUUCAAUGGUAGCCGUUAUUUUUUUGCCAAAAUUAUACUACAUAAAUGCUGCAAAGACACUUUGGAAUCUAAAACAUGUGGAUGUCGACUCCCUGGCCGAGCGUUGUGUCGGUGGUUUUAGGUCAGACGGUUAAGCUGUCAAACUAGAUUUAGUAGAAGUUGGGUUGUUCCUUCACUCAGUGCCCUUCCUUGACCAGCAUCAUGGUAACUUCACGUGUUCGGUGGAAAGGGUUUUGCCGAUCCUUUUAACACCCAUCAUGUCACAUUCUGGUGUUUUGAUAUUGUACGAAGUCACUUUUGAGAUCCAGUAUCUGCGUGUUUAGGACGGAAUCAUCGAGUCGUGUGUCUCGCGUGAACACGUGUUCAGAAUUGCCACGUAGCACCGGGGAUGCCACGCGUUUGCCUUUGUGAUAAUAACACAUACCGAGAGUCCCCGGUCGUCACAUGUAUCCCCGUGCUCUUCUGGAUAUUUACUGAGUAUUGUAUUCCGAGUUGUCGGAUAGAAGUUAAGUGUAAAAAAAAAAAGCAAACUCAUGUCGCAGUAACACUGCUACUUUAGCAAUAUUGUUCUUUGUCUUUGGUACUGUUGUUUGUUGCUUAGCAACAAUGGAUGGAGAACGUUGUUACGGUUUUUUGGACCAUCUCCUUGUUGCCAUGCUUACCAGUAACGAGCAUUCGGUAAUGACUGCCUUAUGUUCUCUCUGUGUGUCGUAGGUUCAUAGGUAGUAAUGUUGAAGCCUGAUGGCAAUCACUCUCCCGCUCCUCUGGGAUGGAUUAAUCUUACUAAUUUAUAAGUAAAGUGUUUUCUAACUGA